GUGCCAUAUUGCAAAUCAAUGAUAAUGCACGAAUUUUCUGUUUUUCUCCCAAAGUUUCCGCUCCGUGCAUGCAUCUCUCCCCCCGAGCAGCUGAUCGUGUGGUGCACGCAUGCAUUUGAAGGCUGCACACAUGCAAGGCCAUCAUCCGGGUCGCAUUCGUGCAGCAUACGCCAGAGAGGGCGAGAGAGCCGAUCACAUCCCGGUAAAUCAAAGGUGAACGGGGCGGAGAGCAAAGCAGAGCAUGGCGUCCGCGUUCGGCUCCAGGACUCUGAGUAAAGAUGAUGUGAACUACAGGAUGCAUUUCCGCAUGAUCAACGAGCAGCAGGUGGAGGACAUCACCAUCGACUUCUUCUACAAGCCUCACACCAUCACCCUGCUCACGUGCACCGUGCUCAGCCUCAUGUACUUCGCCUUCACGCGAGAUGAUGGAAACCCUGACAAUAACCUGUGGGUGGGUCUCAUCCUGGUCAUCUCCUUCUUCUUGGUCAUCAGCGUUCUCGCCUUCCCCAACGGUCCUUUCACGAGACCCCAUCCAGCAAUAUGGAGGAUAGUGUUUGGGUUGAGUGUGCUGUACUUCCUCUUCCUGGUUUUCAUCAUCUUCCUGAACUGGGAGCAGGUCAAGUCUCUCAUGUUCUGGCUGGAUCCCAAUCUGCGCUACGCCAAACGGGAAGCCGACAUCAUGGAGUAUGCCGUGAACUGUCAUGUGAUCACCUGGGAGCGAAUCCUCAGCCACUUCGACAUCUUCGCCUUCAGUCAUUUCUGGGGCUGGGGAAUGAAGGCUCUGCUGAUCCGCAGCUAUGGCCUGUGCUGGACCAUCAGCAUCACCUGGGAGCUGACCGAGCUGUUCUUCAUGCACCUUCUUCCGAAUUUCGCGGAGUGCUGGUGGGAUCAGGUCAUCCUGGAUAUCCUGCUGUGUAACGGCGGAGGGAUCUGGCUGGGAAUGACCACCUGCCGCUUUCUGGAGAUGCGCACGUAUCACUGGGCCAGCAUCAAAGACAUCCACAGCACCACGGGGAAGAUCAAGCGCGCAGCGCUGCAGUUCACUCCCGCUAGCUGGACAUACGUGCGCUGGCUCGACCCCAAGUCCUCCUUACAGAGAGUGACGGGAGUCUAUCUGUUCAUGAUCAUCUGGCAGCUGACGGAGCUGAACACGUUCUUCCUGAAGCACAUCUUCGUGUUCCCAGCAUGCCACGCUCUCAGCUGGUGCCGGAUCCUGUUCAUCGGGAUCAUCACGGCUCCUACUGUACGGCAGUAUUACGCGUACAUGACGGACACACAGUGCAAACGGGUCGGGACUCAGUGCUGGGUGUUCGGGGCGAUCGCUUUCCUGGAGGCGCUGGCCUGCAUUAAAUUUGGACAGGACUUGUUUUCCAAGACGCAGGUUCUCUAUGUGAUUUUGUGGCUCGUGUGUUUGGCUUUCAUCACGUUCCUGUGUCUGUAUGGGAUGGUGUGGUACGCUGAGAACUACGGGCCCCGAGAGAAGAGCUUCUCGGAGUGUGAGGACAGUAUUUACACGGAGCCGGACGACGCUGUGUCUGAAUGCAGAGGAGAGUUUGAGACGGACAGCACGACUUCCUCCUCUGCCAGGAAACGGAGGGACUCUGUAAAUAACACAAGCAUCAACGGCGUGGAGAAAUAAGCCCGACUCUGAAAGGAUUUGCACACGUGUGGCUCCUGUGAACGGAGGGAGCAUCAGAUGAAUGAGAUUAUGAAGGGUGAGAUUGGCUCAGGUCUUGCUCUUUGAAAAGGCAAUACUGUGUUUAGUUAGUCAGCUGACUUCACCUGUUGAACUUCAGAGACUGGUUAACCAGGUGAGAUCCCAAGCAGUGCUGUGCGUCAUGGUGUUUUCAGUCGCAUGCGUGACUCGUAACAGUGCUGUAAUCUAUGUCACAGAUGUUUUCAACGGUGUAUUUUACUGUAUGCAGACGAUUUUUCACAUUAUGUUAUCAUAUGUGACCCUGGAGCACAAAAGCAGUCAU